AGUGACAUUUGGCAACAUUAUGAAAAGUUGGGAAAUGGCAUGGCAAAAUGUCGUUACUGUAAAAUUACAGUGAAAACCUCCGGCAACACGUCGAAUUUGCGGAGUCAUAUACAGUUCAAGCACUCAAAACUUUCAGGCAAAGCAAAGAAGACCCCUGAAGUUUCCCUUGUACCUUCCACAUCUACAUCUAUACCUUCCACGUCUGCAUCUGUACCUUCCACAUCUGCAUCUGUACCUUCCACAUCUACAACAGUACCUUCUACUUCUGCAGUAAGCAACAGUGGUGAUGAAGAUGAUCCCUGUAUUUCCAGUGAGACCAGUAGCACAGCAGGACCUAGCAGGACCAAACAAAUGAGAAUUGAGGAGGUAUUUUCCAGAGUAAGAUCAUUCAAACAAGGAGAUGCCAGCUCAACUAUCACACAAGCAAUAGUUUAUAUGAUUUGUGUGGAUGCUGAACCUUUAUCAAUCGUGGAGCACAAAGGUUUUAGAAGGCUUAUCAAGACAAUAGCUCCACUCUACAAAAUCCCUUCAAGGAAAACCAUUCGUUCAGCUGUUUCUGAUAAGUUCUCUGCGAUAUCCAAUUUGUUGAAGAGUGAAUUGGCCAAUAUUCAAAAUUAUUCAUUUACCACAGACAUAUGGACGGACUCUCAAAAUCGAAGCUAUCUCAGUUUCACUGUACAUUAUUGUGACCUGAAUAGCAGUUACAAUGAAGGUAACAACUGUAUUGAGAAAGCUUCACUGGGACUAUUUGACCUUCAUGAACGCCAUACAUCAGAAUACAUAUCAAGUCAAUUUGAAAACAUAGUUCAGGAAUGGGGGAUCAAUAAGGGGAGAACGACAGCAGUAGUGACAGAUAGUGCUGCUAACAUUGUGAAAGCGGUUGAAUUAUGUUUUGGGAAAAAACACAUACCUUGUUUCGCACAUACUCUGAACUUGGUGGCCACUAAAGGUAUUGCUGAUGUGCCUCAGUUAGAAGAAAUUCUCAAAAAAGUGAGCAGAAUAGUGACAUGGUUCCACCACAGUGUUGCUGCAAGUGAUGAGUUGAGGAAGACAGUGGACAAGAAGUUGAUCCAAGAUGUCCCAACUCGAUGGAAUUCAACCUAUGACAUGCUGAAAAGGUUCUUGGAGCUACGUCCAUUCAUUAAUGACAUUGUGAAUCGGUUUACAUCAGCGCCUCCAAUGAUAUUGGCAUUGGAAUUGGAAAUACUACAAGAAGUUGUUGAAUUGCUUCAGCCGCUUCAAACAGCAACACUUGAAAUUAGUUCUGGUCAGUAUUUGACAAGCAGUAUGCCAAUACCAAUUGCCAGCAGACUGCUUGAAGAGCUCACAUCUCUCAAUCCUAAACAUGAGAUUGGAGAAGGCUUGAAGAGAUCAAUUCUGGCACAACACAAGAAGAGAUUGGGAGCUAUUGAAAAUGUGCAUCUACUUGGAAUUGCCACAUUGCUUGACCCUCGUUUCAAGAAGGAAUAUUUCCUGGACAAGGUGGCCUGCUCAAGAGCAGUAAAUGCGGUCUCCAGAUUGAUGCAAGAUGUAACUGUAUCACUCAGUGAACAACUAGAGGAAUGUGAUUCCCCCUCAUCUGAUGACUCUGAUAAAGAUAAGAGCACUUCUCUAUUCCUGAGGAGCUGUCAAUGUACUUGAACUCACCAAAUGAGAAGAUGGAGCAGAGCGCGGUGGGUUUUUGGAAAUCGAUGAAGUGUACUUAUCCAGUUCUAUCUGAGGUUUUCUUUAAGUACGUACCUGCUGUGGCAACCUCUGUUCCAUCAGAGAGAUUAUUCUCUGAAGCUGGAGUGAUUUUAAAUAGUUUAAGGAAUCGACUCACAGAGGACAUGGCUUCAAAACUCCUCUUCCUACAUGAGGCGGAUGAUAAAUAUUGGAUGCAAUAAUCUAACUGAACUAGAGUUAAUAUUGUAGAAACGUUCCAUAAUAAUGUAAAAUACAGAUCUUGUCAAUUUCUACACAAAUUUUAUUUAUAACAAUCCUGGUUUAGUGACCAUAUGGUCUAAAUCUGUGUUUUUCAUUAUUAGGAUGCAAUAAUAUUUUGUAGGUAUGAACAUUGCUAUUUGAAAACAAGUGACAGCUCUUUCAACUCUUUCUUGAAAUGUUUAGAAUUUUAUGUUUGAUUAUUGUUUAUUCACAAGCAACAGAAGAUGAGUAGCAAGGUUGGAAUAUUCCUUAAACUAUUAAAAUCACUCCAGCUUUCAAUGAUAUUGAAAGGAUAUUAAGGAAUGAUAAUGAAUGGAUAUCAAUGUGUGGUUUUCAUCACUCAAUUUUUAUUGGAACUCUGUGUCAAAAUAAUGUAUCACAUCACCACCUUCUCAUUUAAAGAAAUGAAUUUGGAUUCACAUGAGGGACAUAGAUGUUGAAACAACGUAAUUUUAUUUUUCAUUUCAAACAGGAUCUCCAACAAAACCUUCUAAAAGCUCCAUUUAAAUUAAAUAUGUGGAGACCGAACCGCUACCUAGCUACCCAUUUCCUGUGUAUCAAGAUACUCUGAUUUCUGUAGGAUCAGGAUCAGUUGUUCAGGGUGAAUAGCCCAUUGAUAUAAAUAUAUUAUAUUCCAAUGAUAUCAAUGGAAUAGCCGCGAUCAUGUGUGAUGUUUUUGAUUUUCAAUUAAAUGAUUAAAAUGAUUUUUAAUUAAAUCUAAAAUGGGUAAGUUAGGUAAUGGCAGGUUGGCAGCAAAUUUUGCUCUCCACUUUCAGCAUCACAUUGAGCAUCGAUAUAUUGAUAGAUUUCUACCAAUAUAUCGAUAUAUCGAUAGUUCUCUACCGAUAUUUAUCGGAUAUCAAUAACUGAAGCAAAAAUAUAUCGAUAACCGAUAUAUCGAUAAGUCCUCAACCGAUACCCA